AUGGAGUCCCUUCUACUAAAGUCCCGUUUCACGGACUCCUCAAUCUUCUCUGGAAAUUCAACCACUCCGCUCCCUUCCCUUCCUUACUGCCAUCCGCAGAACGAUUUCCUGUUAUUCGUCUCCCAACAGCUGCAAACAUGCAUCCCUACACCGGCCACAUUCCUCUCAACCCUCUGUGGCACCCUGAGCAUCACCUCCUGGCUGUUCGCCCAACUUCCACAGAUUAUCAAAAAUUACAGGCUUAAAUCCUCGGAAUCUCUGAGUUUCCUCUUUAUUUUAAUAUGGUGCUUUGGUGACUCUUCGAAUUUCGUCGGGGCGGUGCUGUUAAAUCAGAUGACCUUCCAAAAAGUAAUUGCGGCGUAUUAUGUUGCGGUGGAUGUUGUGUUAGUCUGGCAGUGGAUCCAAUAUUCCAAACAGAACACCGAGUACGCUCCUAUUCCGACAACGGACGACAUUAGGCGACCGAGCGAAGGAGGUAGCGGAAGGGAUAAGGAAUCACGAGCUGCAGCUGUGAUAAUUACUCCACCACCAUCAAUUGUCACAGCCCGUACCGGCACUAGCACCAACAGGACUUCAGGGAUACUAUUGGCUUUUUCAACCUUUUUCAAUUUAUCUCGUGCUGCUCCGAUUACCACAGCUGCCACAACUUUUGGUUUCUUUGACGAAGAAACCAUUAGAAUCCUGGGAAUCAUUAUUGGGUGGUCUUCAACAUUCCUAUACCUGUCCUCCCGGCUUCCACAGAUCUACCUGAACCACAAACGCCGUUCGGUAUCCGGUCUUUCGCCUUUGUUGUUCCUCGCUGCUUUCUGUGGAAACUUCUUUUACUCCAGCAGUUUAUUAUUGAACCCUAGCGCAUGGCACAACAUUGGCCCCUUUGGCGAAGGCGGAUGGGUUGGUGAGGAUGGCACCACGACAUCGGAAUGGUGGACUAACACCCUCCCAUUCCUCCUCGGGAGCGCAGGAGUUCUCGCCAUGGAUGGGUACAUUGGUUUGCAAUUCUGGAAAUGGGGUGGAAACGACGAAGAAUUCAUCGGAGAGCCAAUCGUUCAGGUUAUAGUUGGCAUCGAAGGGGAUGAUGAAAGCGAUGAUGAUGAACGACCGAUGAAAGGCCGACAGGUUACCGUCAGCGUGGAACCAACGAAGGAAAGGAGUUAUUUUGACGAACAAACUGCUUUGUUGGCGCAGAUGAAUAAUGGCGUUUAUGGAACAAGUGCUGGAAGCAGUUCUUCCAGCGGGUAUUAG